AUGUUACCCCAAUGCUAUAUUCGCCCGAUGUUUAUGCCAAUCAUUCCAGACAUGGUAAAAAUAUCACCUGCUAUGCUACCUAUGAUGAGAUUUCCGGUAGCAGCUCCUGUUCAAUCUCCAUCAUCAUCACCAAUGACUAAUGAAUAUGAUUCACGCAGGCAUGAUCAAUAUCGACAUGCCAAACGAGAUCAUUCUCGUAAUCGUCACGCACCUUUCGACUGGUAUCGACCACCCAAACAAGGAUAUGAAAUUGUUCAUGAAGAUAUAUCAGUUGUAACAUCGAAUGGACCGGUACCGUUUGAUGAAUUCUAUCGACAACGUACGCACAAUGAACAUGACAAAGAUCUAGCUGUGUAUGAAUCAGAAAAAAAACAUGACGACAGACAAGAAUCAUCACAUGAAGAGAAAAAUAUUGACUCGCAAUCUGAAAACCAUACGGAAUCCGAUUGGGAUAGCGAAGAAGAAACAAGUGAUGAUGCAACUUUGAAACCAUUGGACUCUUAA